AUGGGACUGGGCCGGGUCUUGCUGUUUCUGGGCCGGGUCUUGCUGUUUCUGGCCAGCAUAUUCUCUUUUACACGUCCGCGAGCCGCUGCUGAGCUCCACAGUCUUCGUUACAACGUCACGGUUCUGUCCCGGGAUGGAUCUGUGCAGUCAGAGUUUCUCGCUGAGGGACAUCUGGAUGGUCAGCUCUUCGUGCGCUAUGACAGGGAGACGCGCAGGGCAAGGCCCCAGGGACAGUGGGCAGAAGCAGUCCUGGGAGACCAAGAGACCGAGGACUUGACAGAGAAUGCGCAGGACCUCAGGAGGACUCUGACUCAUAUUGAGGGCCAGAAAGGAGGUUUGCAUUCCCUCCAGAAGAUUAAGAUCUGUGAGAUCUAUGAAGACGGCAGCACCGGGGGCUUCUGGCAUUUCUACUACGAUGGCGAGCGCUUCCUCUCCCUAAACCUGGAGACUCAGAAAUGGACAGUGGCCCAGUCCUCCAGAGCUCAGACCUUGGCUAUGAAUUUCUGGAAGGAAGAUACCAUGAAGACCAACACACACUAUCGCGCUAUGCGGGCAGACUGCCUGAAGAAACUACGGCGAUAUCAGAAAUCCAGGGUGGCCGUCAGGAGAACAGUGCCCCCCAUGGUGAACGUCACCCACGGCGAGGCCUCAGAGGGCAACAUCACCGUGACAUGCAGGGCUUCCGGCUUCUAUCCUGGGAAUAUCACACUGACCUGGCGUCAGGAUGGAGUAUCUUUGAGCCAUGACGCCCAGCAGUGGGGGGAUGUCCUGCCUGAUCGGAAUGGAACCUACUACACCUGGGUGGCCAUCAGGAUUCGCCAAGGAGAGGAGCAGAGGUUCGCCUGCUACAUGGAACACAGCGGGAAUCACAGCACUCACCCUGUGCCCUCUGGGAAGCCACCGGUGCUUCAGAGUGAACGGCUAAACCUUCUGUAUGUUCCUGUUGCUGUUGCCGUUGUUACAGCAUUUAUUAUUAUCUGUGUUCAUCGUUGCAAGAAGAAGAAAACAUCAGCGGCAGAGGGUCCAGAGCUCGUGAGCCUGCAGACCCUGGAUCAACACCCGGUUGGGACGGGAGACCACAGGGAUGCCACACAGCUCGGAUCUCAGCCUCUGAUGUCAGCUCCUGGGUCCACUGGCUCUACUGAGGGUGCCUAG